UGAAGGAUUGUUCUUGUCCAUGCUUUUGAAAUUAAUGAAUGCGAAGAAGACAUUGGAGAUUGGUGUUUUCACUGGCUAUUCUCUUCUUACCACUGCCCUUGCUUUACCACAUGAUGGCCAGAUAGUAGCAAUAGAUCCAAAUCGAGAAGCAUUUGAAGUUGGACUGCCAUUCAUUCAGAAUGCUGGUGUGGAGCACAAGAUCAAUUUCAUAGAAUCAGAUGCCAUUUCUAUUCUCAAUGAAAUGUUGAGCGAUGAGGGUAAGUUGAAAAUGGAGUUUGAUUUUGUGUUUGUGGAUGCUGAUAAGCCCAACUACAUUAACUAUCACGAGCAAGCGAUAAAAUUGGUGAAAGUAGGAGGAGUUAUUGCAUAUGAUAACACUCUGUGGCGUGGUUCAGUUGUAAGCAAGGAAGAAGAAGUCCCUGAGCGUUUCCGUGCCAACCAAAAUCCCAUAAUUGAACUCAACAAGCACUCAGCCUCUGACCCCCGAAUCGAAAUCGCUCAGAUUUCCAUUGGUGAUGGUGUCACACUGUGCAGGCGCAUACUCUAGAUCAGAUCGUAUCGUAUCAUAUCAUAUGAGCUUAACUUAAUUUGUAAUAAUAAUCAUGUUACCAUGGAUUUCAAGUCAUUUAUUUUCAAGGAUGAUCCGUUUAUAAUGGUGUUAUCUUAUUCGUAUAUGAAGUUCUCUAUGCUUUUUGUGUUGAAAAAAUGGCAACGGCAACCUUGUAGUC